CUGCCGAUAAAGUCUAUGCCGAUACCAAUGGUAACUUGAGGGAAAUUGUAAAGGGAACGUACUAAUUACUCAAUGCCGGUUGGAGUUGUAGUGGAUAGCAUGCACUUUGAAAUUAGACACGAAAGUGUGUGUCUCGUAGAAACCUUUUUAUAAUAGAGAAAAAAUUGCCUUUGCACCGUGAAGGAAAGACGUGAUUCUCCACUGUAUUGUGAACAUGUUGCCGUGGCUCGAGCACCGAUGGACAGGCCUCGGCCUGCUCGUUAUGACGCUAGGAGCCUUAAUUUUGUUCUUUUUUGGAUUUUUCCCAUUAAAAUAUCAUACGGGAAAAUUGGCUCAUAUGGAUGAUCUCCCCAAUUUUAUUGAUGAUAUCAGUAUUGAUGGUCAUCAAGUAUACAAUUCAGGAGAAAACAGCGUAAUUUUAAUGGUGAUAGACGGCCUACGCUACGACUUUGCAUCAGAACAGUACAUGCCAUUUGUUGGACAACUCUUGAAAAAUAAAUCUGCAUGUAUUCAUGUGUCAGUUGCUGAGCCUCCUACUGUGACCAUGCCAAGGAUCAAGUCACCGGAGAGAAAGACAGAAAAGGCACAGUGGAGGCGCACAAUAAACUUCUGGCGGGACGUUUUCGCUAUGAUGACCGGCAGUGUGUCAACAUUCGCCGAUGUUGCUUUAAACUUCGGUGCGCCAGCCGUAAAAGGCGACAGCGUACUUCGAGUAGCACGUUCUAGAGGCCUACGCACAGUUAUGUAUGGGGAUGACACGUGGCUCAGAUUGUUCCCAGGGCUUUGGGUUGAGUAUGAUGGCACCACUUCCUUUUACGUAACUGACUACACCGAGGUAGACAACAACGUAACCAGACAUCUAGACAAAAUAUUAGCUCCAGAUGAGACUAAAAAACCUAACUUCGACUUCCUAGUCCUACACUAUUUAGGACUAGAUCACAUAGGUCACCUAGAAGGAGCUAGAAGUCCUAAAAUCGCACCCAAGUUAAUCGAAAUGGACAAUGUCGUUAAGAAAAUUUAUACGGCUAUGCAGAAAUGGGAUCGUACAGGAGUACUGUUUAUAUGUGGCGACCACGGCAUGCGAGACGCCGGUGGCCAUGGCGGAGCCACCCCAGCAGAGGUCCUCGUGCCGCUUGUUGUCAUCAAGAGUAAGAACUUCGUUUGCCCGCAUCCAGUCGGCCCAGGGCCCACAGUAGCGCAGGUAGACGUAGCCCCAACCAUAGCCUGGUUAUUAAACGCCCCACUGCCCGGAGAGAGCACCGGCCGGAUAUUACCCUCGCUACUACCGGAUGAUAUAAGGCAACAUUUAUAUCUUUUGCAUGUUGUCGCUUCACAUAACGCAAAACUCCCGGGUUUGCCUACUGAUAGAGAAUUCUAUAAACAAUUCAAACGAGCAGUGGAACACUUCGCUCUAUACCUCGUCACCAACAGUCGUGGCCCGGCGACGACAGCUAAGGAGUUCUAUGAAGAGUCGUUGGAAGAAAUGACCAAGUACCUUACGGAGACCACAGUCAGCUUUGACAUGUUUGCUAUUGCGAUUGGGCUCUUUUUGCUUUAUGCUCUAACUACAGCACUUCUCUGCGUAACACUCUACUCCCUCCAACCAGAAAAUCAACGCAAACUAAGCAACACACACACUCACCGACGAUCCUCCUUAGGAAGCAUAAUCGCCUUCGUCAUAAUGCUUGCUAUUGUCACUUUCAUACUAACUGUCAGUUGUUUUAUCACCGAAACUAAAAGCCAAGUAUGCUCUUUCGAUUCACUAUGGUCACUAGUCUUUAUGUCUAUAGCCAUAGCGUUCACUAUGAGCUACUUUAUAAUAAAAAGUGGCGUAGAAAAAACUCAAGAAUUGUCAAGUUUGAAAUAUUUAAACAUAAUUGAUUAUUUACUUAUUGGAGGAACUUUAUUUCAUGCCUGGUCCUUCUUUGGUACUAGUUUUAUAGAAGAAGAACAUAUGACUUGGUACUUCCUAUGGAAUACGUUAAUGUUCUUCUUGUUAAUAAGGACUAUAGUUGUUGUGGUGAUGUAUUUGAAUAAAAGGUUGGUGGGGGCGACAGAGGUGCAGGAAAAAUCGGAGUUGCACGAGCGUAUGUGCAUCGUCGGUGUUGGUAUUUUGCCGAAAUGGAUCUUAUUGAUUGGAUUGCAUAGAUACUUAAGAACAAUGAAUCAAACUGGUGAUAGAUGGCUGUUUUUACCCGAUACAGCGGACUGGUUGAAUAAUCCUGAAAACUCUUUCUAUCUACAAGCGCAUCUUGUAAUAGGAAUCCUACUCACUAUGGCAAUAUGUCUCUACAACCUACGUCACCUGAACAACAUAAUGCAAAUGCAAUCCGCCUUGACAGUCGUAGCCACAGCGCUCAUUCUAAUUUAUCGAAUAUCAACAAAAGCUCUCUACACGCCUAUCGAAGAAAUGAAAACGUGGGACACGGUCAUUAUUGUCAACAUUAUCUGGGGUUUACUAGCCGCCCAAUUUAUAUUCGAAGUUCUAAGCUACACAGGCGUUUUAAAAAUAAUCAAUUUCGAUCCAUCAGUGAAGUACAACAACAAAUUUGUUUACAACAAACCUAAAGCGAAAACUGAAGAUUAUCAUUACGAUCCAAUAAUCGAAGAACCGUGGAAUUUAGAAGAAGUCAAAUUAAAUCUCGCUAGAUCUCUUUCCCAUUUAUUGUUAAACCAUUUAAUGUUGAUUAUAAUUCUUUUAAUGAGACCUCAUAAUGUGAUAAUGGUACCGAGUGUUUAUAUCACUUGUAUGCUAACGUCAAAAUUAAUGGACCAUAAGCUGUUGGAUAAUAAACCUGGGAAAAGAACAGAAGUCGUAGACACAUUAAGUCAAACGUUAGUGCAUCUGUGGAUUGGGUUCUUAUUCUUUUUUUAUCAGGGCAAUUCCAACAGUCUAGCAUCCGUAGACCUCGGGUCAGGCUACGUAGGUCUACGCGAGUACAGCCCAGUAAGUGUCGCGCUACGUAUGGGCCUACACGCAUACGCAGGCCCUACACUAGCUGGAGCUACUCUAUUCUGUAGCGUUGCUACUCAGGCGCAAACUUGGCAGCAGUACUUACAAUCAGUAUGGCGUGUAACGAACAUAUACGCGCUCCAUCGUGCCUACUGCGUCACUAUAUACUGCAUUAUAGCUGCAAUAUUCAGGCACCAUCUUUACGUUUGGACAGUAUUCUCACCAAAACUAUUAUACGACUUUGUAGCCACAGUAUUUUCCAUACAAGCCUUGUUAACUAUAGCUGAGAUUAUUAUUUUUACUUCUUUUGCUAGUUGGUUAGCGAAAACGGUGACUUUUAAGACGAAACUGUGAUAUUAGUUAGAACUGUGGAGUUAGUUAGAUUUUUCAUUGUGAUGGAUGUAAUGCGUUUGAUGUGUGAGCUUACACUAAGUAUAAUUAGUAGACCAUCGUAAUUUUAUACAAUUUUGAAGUACACACAUUACCACGUUUUUUAUGAUGGUAAGCGACACGUCUGUCCUGCGACACAUGUCUGAUUUAAUGGUCUGAGUGGCUCUGCAAUUGCUAUCAUUUGCAGUGCUACUUAGAGCAUUAAAUCGCAAAGGUUCGAAGGCACUACCACUGCGGCCGUCACCCUGAGACAUAAGUUGACAAAUCCAAUGUGCCUGAUAUUUCACCAGGGUGCUGAUUUUGAUUCAAAUACGAAUGGAGUCGAUCCGAUCGGCUAGUCUCGGAAUCAGAUGGGUUUCUGGGCGAGAAGAUGAACCUGAUUCCUGUUAUAUCUUUCUAGUUUGUAAGUUAAAUCAACUAUUGUUCCGAUUAGAAAUGUCAAAAGUUUCCGAUCAGCCAAUUGUGAAUCGCAAUUAUGCGCCUCGACUCGGAAAAGACGUAGCUUCCGAUCGGGAUAGGUAAUCAAAAUCAAGCUGCAGCACCUUUACCUUUCAAAACCGGAACACAGUAAAGCUCACAUUACCGUUUGGCGACAGAAAUAGAUAAGGUGGCAGUACUUUGUACUCUUUCACAAGGCGCUCUACUUCUAUUUACUAUUUUAUCCAAUCAUUGGUAUUAGCAGAAAUUGGAGCAACAAUAGUUCACAUAGAUUUAACAGUACGCGGUUGACUUUGUGUCAUAUACAGUCUGUCUUUAUUGAAAAUGGAGUGAAAUUACAUUUGUGGCAACCCUACAAAGUUUUCAUAAAAUAUUAAACAGUCAUACACUUGCUAGCAACAGUCUUAUCGAUAGAUUGUGAAAGGAGAUAAAAUUUUACCAAAAAUGUCUGAUAUGUGAAUGUUACAACGUUCUAAUGAUUGCUAAUUGCGUUAUUGCCGUCUUCAUUCUUAUUUUGCCAGCUGGUAUACUGGCAUCAGACUAAAAAAAAGCGAAAAAGAGCUGUCGGGUGUGAAGCAUGCUCCAGCUUCAGUUUCGAAAUAACGUAUUCCGUUUAUCUGAACCAAAUGAAAUAAACCCAGCGCUGAACCUACAAAUGUCAAUUAGCUAGUCAUCCCUUAAUAAAUAACUCAAGCAUGAGCUCAAACGCAUUCGCAAUCACGGAGUCUUGUUAAGUUUUUAAUUGUUACACCAAAGAGUGAUCUUACUUGUAGCUUUAUGAAAUGAAAAGCAAUUGCACGAUUUACAAAGAAUUGGGUGUAACACGGGCGUAUCACGUAAAAGUGAGAUUCAAGAAAAUUGAAAAUAAAGUUUUAAUGUCUUAUAUCUUUUUAAUAUAUAUAAUAUGACUCUCAUAUACUUUACUAUUCAUUUGUCCUAAGAUUUAGCUAUUUAAGCUAUUCAGGUGUUAUUAUUAUUUUAAAACUAUUAGGAACACAUUUUGAGUACCGAGCGCCCUUGUUGUUCCCAAUGCUUCAAUUAAGACUUGUUCUAAUUUGCAGAGCAAAAUGGCGGUGUACGUCAAAAUUACUAUACUUGUGAAAAUUACUUCAUUAGCUUCAUAUAGCUGAACGAAUAGCUCGCGUGUGCUUAUAUAGACCAUUUCUAGCAAAUACUUGAAGUUAUUGGAAAACCAGCAUAAUAUUUUUUUUAUGUUAUUUGCAUAUCUAAAAGUUCCUUUCUCU